AUGAAGGUAGAAAUCCUCUUUCUGGGCUUGCUGGUGACCCUCAGUCUGUUCCAACCAUCUGUAUCAUCUUCAUAUGGUCUCUCAGAGGAACUGUCAGAUGCGUCAGUGCUGAGCAGUGUUAACGAAGCCAAGCAGCUAGUGGAUUCAGCUUAUAAACACACACGUGACAGCAUAAAAAAGAACUUGCAGAACAGCUCCUUGACCCCAAUAGAGCUCCUGGGAUAUUUCAAACAGCCAGUGGCAGGGACCCGGUCUGCAGUUCGCACUGCAGAUUACAUGGAAACCACCCUGACCCUGCUCAAGGAGAAGCUGCGAUGGACUGUGAAGGGAGAUUUCAACGUCACAGACAUUCUCACACCAGCUCAACUGGGGAUGAUUUUCAAAGCAACUGGAUGUGACCAACAUAAUAAGAAAAUAAAUUGUGAAUCUGCCUCCCGUUACCGAACGAUCACCGGCGAGUGCAACAACAGGAGAAACCCAUCACUAGGAGCUUCAAACAGAGCCCUUGUCAGAUGGUUGCCAGCAGAGUAUGAGGAUGGUGUGUCGCUCCCCCAUGGGUGGACAGAAGGAAAGCGUUUGUCUGGAUUCCCUUUUCCACUGGUUCGAAAAGUGUCAAAUGAGAUUGUUCGUUUCCCCCCUGAGCAGCUCAAGCUGGAUCAGCAGAGAUCACUCAUGUUCAUGCAGUGGGGCCAAUUUAUUGACCAUGACCUGUCUUUCAGUCCCCACACUCCUGCUAGAGUUUCCUUCAGUGGCAAGGUGGACUGUGAGACCAGCUGUGCCAAACAGCCCCCCUGCUUUCCCAUCAAGAUCCCACCCAAUGACCCACGAAUUAAGAACACGAAAGACUGCAUUCCCUUCUUCCGCUCAGCUCCGGCUUGUGACAGAGGCAUGGCAAUUCGAGAUCAGAUCAACGCGCUCACGUCCUUUCUUGAUGCUAGCAUGGUAUAUGGGAGUGAAGUGCCUUUGGCCAACAGACUGAGGGACCAGAGCAACCAGCUGGGCUUGAUGGCUGUUAAUAAAAAAUUCACUGACAGAGGGAUGGCUCUUAUGCCUUUUGACAAUAUGCAAAAGGACCCGUGUCUUAUUGUCAGUGGGAAAGAGAAAAUCCCAUGCUUUAUUGCAGGUGAUUCUCGAGCAAAUGAGAUGGUGGAGCUGGCGUCCAUGCACACACUUUUCGUGCGGGAGCACAACCGCCUGGCUAGAGGGCUGAAGAGAUUAAAUCCCCACUGGAAUGGAGAGAGGAUCUACCAGGAGGCACGGAAGAUCCUAGGUGCCAUGGUCCAGAUUAUAACCUACAGAGACUAUCUGCCUCUUCUGCUUGGAUCCACUUUCUGGAAAACAAUACCUUCCUACCGAGGCUACAAUGACUCUGUGGAUCCUCGGGUAUCCAAUGUCUUCACUCUGGCUUUUCGUUUUGCACAUGCUUCAGUUCCCCCAUUUGUGAAUCGCCUAAAUAAACAUUACAAGCCUGAGGGACCCAAAAUCCAACUCAGCAAAGCCUUCUUUGCUGUAUGGAGGAUUGUGAAAGAAGGUGGUAUUGACCCCUUUCUUCGGAGCCUGAUGGCUAACCAGGCCAAGCUGAUGACACAGCAACAAAUGGUUGUGGAUGAGCUCCGGGAUCGGAUGUUUGAGCAGGUCUCAAGGAUCGGGUUGGAUUUACCUGCACUUAACAUGCAGCGUUGCAGAGAUCAUGGCCUCCCAGGUUAUAACUCCUGGAGACAAUUCUGCGGGCUCUCAAAGCCUCACAAUUUGAGAACGCUUGCUCGAGUGUUGAAGAAUUGUGGUCUGGCAAAGAAAUUCAUGAAACUCUACGGGACACCAAAGAAUAUUGACAUUUGGAUUGGGGCACUUGCAGAGCCCUUUGUGCCUGGAGGAAGAGUUGGUCCUCUCAUGGCUUGCAUCAUUGGCACCCAGUUCAGGAACCUACGUGAUGGAGACAGGUAA